CACUCACAAUAUGGCGGUGACAUUAACGCAGGACCCGAGAACUUCCAGCAAAUAGGAAGUAAACGGGGCUUAUCAGUGCUAGCUUGACUGGCUAUAUUCUGAGGAAAAAAAAAAUAUUUUUUAUGUGUGGGAUGUGUUUGUUUUAUUAGCAUUGAAGAUCAUCCCAGGAUCUUUAACGUGUAGCCUUCGUCUGGUUAAUCGCUGCUAUAUUGAACCUCUACGAUUUUUUCUGGAGCCGAAGGUUGCCGUUAGCUUUCAGUAGCACUGCGGUUCAAAUGUUCGCCGUCAUGGAGCUUAAACAGCUAACAUCAGAUGAUCAGUGUUCAUGAUGGUGAAAGUUGAUGGUUUUUAAACAAGUCCACACCUUGUGACAGACGGUGCGUGGAAGCAAACAUCCACUGUGGACCCUUCCUCUCAGCCUUGUUUAGCUGAGGACCAAAGGACGGUGGACAGCUGGUUGCAAACAAGGAUUGUGAAAAAGAGAUUUCCAAGUGGAGUGAGUAUGUCUGAGAUGAUGAAGGUAGAAGCAGACGACUCCGAUGGACUCAGUGUGGCGCCCCCCCUUCCUCCGCCACCCGCAGCAGAACUGAAGCAGACUCAAAAUAGCAAAGAUCUCAUCCAUCAGAUGUUGGCGAUCAAAGAAGAGGUUUUACUUGACUGCAAUUCAAUUUUGGAUCCAGACGCCCCGCUGCAGAAGGAGGAACUCUGCAUCAAACUUGAAGGAGAGCACUUCAAUAUGAAGACUGAAGACGAGGAGAAACCUCGGUUAUCAGAGCUUUAUCACAUCAAAACUGAAGACAACAUAGAGUCAGAAGCUCAAACCAGCACGAUUGGAGUGCAGAUAAAAACAGACCCUGAUGGAAGGGAAUGUGGAGGAUCCGAACUAGACAGGAACCCUGAUCCAGUAUGUUCCUCUCUGGAAAGUAAGAUGACGGAUAAUAGGAAGAGUAAAAUAUCAAAACUGCGAUCCAAACUUACAACUAAGGUCGAAGUUAAUGUGGUAGAGAAGCCAUUAGGUUGUAAUGUUUGUGGUAAAAGACUCAGACACAAGACUCAUGUUAAAUUGCACAUGAUGAUUCACAGCGGAAAGAGAGAGCAUAAAUCAGAUGUUUGUUCUAAAGUUUAUAGAGAAAAGCCUUCUCCCCAGAUCCACAAGAGAGUCCGCAGUGGUGAUAAAACUUUUGCCUGUGAAGAUUGUGGUAGAAAGUUUCAUGCAAAGAAAUUGUUUCAGCAGCACCUGAAGGUCCAUUCAGAAGAAAAACCUUUUUCUUGUGAUGUCUGUGGAACAAAAUUCAAAAGGAAGGAGACGCUUAAAAACCACACAAGGAUUCACACUGCAGAAAAGCCAUUUGUCUGUAGUGUUUGUAGUAAGGGAUUUUCACAACAGAUUCAUCUGAAGUGUCACAUGCGUGUUCACACGGGGGAGAAACCAUUUAUUUGCAGCUUUUGCAGCAAGGGGUUUGCAUUACAAGAGAAUCUAAAGAGACACAUCCGUGUUCACACCGGGGAGAAAAUGUUUGUUUGUAGUUUUUGUAGUAAAGGUUUUUCACUGCAACAGAACCUGAAGAGUCACAUGCAUGUUCACACAGGGGAGAAGCCAUUCAUCUGCAGUCUUUGUAGUAAAGGAUUUUAUCAACAUGGGGUUCUGAAGAGACAUAUGCGAGUUCACACAGGAGAAAAACCGUACAUCUGCAGCGUUUGCAGUAAAGGAUUUUCACUACAAGAAAACCUGAAGAGACACAUGCAUGUUCACACCCCAGUGAAACUAUUUAUCUGUAGUGUGUGUAGUAAAGGGUUUUCACAGCAGGAUACUUUAAAGAGGCACAUGUGCGUUCACACGGGAGAGAAACCAUUUAUUUGUAGCUUUUGCAAUAAAGGGUUUUCGCAACAACAUCAUCUAAAAAAACACAUGGAUGUUCACACUGCGCCGUUCAGCUGUAGCGACUGUGGUAAACAUUUCGUGAAGGAAAUCCAGUUAGAGCGACACGUAAGAGUCCACACAGAAGAGAGGCCGUUUGGGUGCGAUGUUUGUAAAACCAGAUUUAUUCAGAAAUGCCAUCUUGACAACCACAUGAGAGUCCAUUCGGGUGAGAAACCAUUUGUUUGCAGCGUUUGCGCUAAAGCAUUUUCCCAACAAGAUCGCCUGAAGAGACACAUGCGUGUUCACACUUGUGAAAAACCUUUUGUUUGUAAUGUUUGCAGCAAAGCUUUUUCACAACAAGGGAAUCUAAAGAGACACAUGAGUACACAUAACAGCUGUAUGUAAUGAAAACUAUGAGAGUAAGUGGAUUAUUCUUCGGUCCUGACAGCAAAAGCAUAGGCCCAAGUAAAGCUGAAAAAUAACUACUGAUUUACUAACAUGUAUUAUUAUAUAUUACAACAAUAAAUGUGCUGUUAUGUGCAUUUCUAAUGAGGUGGGAAAAAGACUAAUAUAAAAUCUUGACUCUUUCAAAGAACAAUUCCCAUAAACUAAAUUAUUUGUACCCAUAUUUUUAAAUUUUUAUUAUGUAUUUCAUGCUUUUUAGUGUGCCCUUUUUUAGGACAUGUGCCCUUAUCAGCAGGCCAAACUUUUAUGUAUUGUAGCUCAGUUGUUGCUACUGUUUCUAAAAGAACCUCAUUCAGCAUACAUACUUAAUGACUGCAUUCAUGAUUAUUAUCUACCUUGCUCAUAUAAGUAGAUGCUCACAGCCUGUAACCAUGUGUAUAAGCCAGCAGACUUGAUUGCCUAUAUGCUAGCUGUGCUAACAUGAAGCUAUAUUCUUCGACGCCUUUGAACUGAUAUGGAGUUGGAAGAGAAAAAAUAAACAUGUAUAUAUUUAUGUGCAAAAAAGUACUUAUUUCUGCCCAUGGAGUAUUUAUUUGUAGCCAAAAUGUAGGUAUAACGUGAAGCACUGCAGGGUAUUGGGGAGGGUAAAUUGGCUGUUGCUUCACCUUGGCCUUGGAUAGCUGCCAGGUUCAUGCACCCACUUUUGUCGUACAAUUAAAGUGUGUACUUUUAAUCACCUUCUGAGAAUUUUUUACGUUUUUGAAAAAACGGUGUUCCAGUUUAACCCACCAUUCUAUAAUUCCUUCUUUUAAAAAGUGUCCUUUACAGUCUGUAGCCUUUCAUUUCCCUCACUUUGUUCAUCCCUUGCAGAGCUCAGCACUGACCAAAUGUUUUUCUACAAACACCUGAUGAGUGUUUGAUUGAGGCUCUAUUUAAUAGGCUUCGGCUCUUAAGCCUAUCACUUGUUGGUUAAAGAAGCAGCAGUAUGUAGUCCAUACACACGUGUCCAGUCCACAAAUGCAAUCCAUUUACUGGCACAGAAAAACUUCACAGUCAGCUUUGGCACGUGUUAGGAAGUAACGUAAGUAAUAAAGAAAAAGUAAUACAACGAGAAAAUAAUCUCUUGUAAGAAUUUUCCAAAUCACUGUAGUUCAUCCACAGCAUAAAAUAUUUGAGAACCUGCUGAGUCUAGGACGAUUGUUUCAGUAAGCUCUGCCCACCUUAUAUCUAAUGUUGUGGCCACAAAUAAUUAGUUGUUAGUGCGCAUGUCUUUUAUAUUUCCUGGUUGAAAAUAUGUUUCUUGUGCAUAUAAAUAAGUAUUUCAGGGUAGCAAAUUAGUAUUUCAUGCACAUGCUGUCUUCUUUUUUCUCUUGUCAGUUCCCAGGCUCCACUUUCUAUUGUUUUUGUAGUAAUCUAAACUGUACAUGCUGCUUAUUCUUAUUUUAACCUCUUAGGUUUUUUUUAAAAGGUAUUUCAGGGAUGUUAUCUGAUGUAAAUGAUGAAAAACCAGCUCCUUUUGAUUGUUUGUGCACCAACCAUGGCCAAUAAAGUCGAUUCUAAUACAAAC